AUGUCUGAACAACACCACAUCUCUGACACAUCCCCUCAACACUGGAAAUACGUUGCUGAGGGCGGUGUCUCCGUUGCUUUCUCGUAUAAUGGCCCUCCGCAUCCGUUUUAUGACGGAAAGGUUCUAAAACUGCGAAAGGUCUCCAAACACUCUGGCCUCUUCCAUCCACAUUCUGAAUUCGAGGACUUUGAGGAUCUCGAAGGACUGGCGGUCGCAUUUGACAGCGCCAUACUUCAGCGUUUGGUGCCUCGAGAAUACUUCCCGCGAUGUGAAGCCGUGCAAAUGGACAGCGAGUGGCUGGCGCAGCUUAAGCUUCUCUGUGAAGCCCAGCGACCCUCGGAACGAAGACUUCGAGAUGAGAUUGAUGUACGCAGAAAUAAAGCGAUUCUAAUCGAGGACCUUGUUGGAUGGGAUGGCAUGACGGUGGAGAUCAAGCCAAAAUGGGGAUUCCUCCCAUCUCCCACGCAUCUCUCACAAUUGUCAUGUCCUGUGAAGACGCGGACUUGUCGUUUCUGUAUGCACGCUCACAUGAAGAGCACCCAAGGUAAUGAUUCCGCGCUUGGGUUUUGUCCGCUUGACCUGUACUCUGGAGAGGAGCUGCGAGUCCGCUACGCUCUUUCUGCAUUGUGGGAUGUGUGGCUUUCCACCUCAGGAGCCAUCAACAACAUGAGGGUCUUUGUCAAGGGCGUCUUCAUCAAGCCUGUUUCAAACUCUGCCGUUUUGGCUUUUAUGCUUGGAUUCAAAGAUCCCGCUUCACCAGACCAAUCGCCUCCAUCAAUGGCAGAGAUUCGCGAUCGCUUCGUCUCGGCACUUGUCCCAUCGCUCGUCAAAACACCAGUUCUCGGAUUAAUUUCAUCACUUCAGCGCACCCUUGACUCCUUAGACAUCGAGGGUCUUGCAACCCUCUGGGAGCACUCUCACGCAGAGUCCCAGCCCGCCAUUCCCUUUGGUACCAACACUACACAACCUACAGUCGGCGAAUGGAGCGAGUUCGCUGACGAGUAUCUUAGGAGGUCUGCCUCUGACUUCAAUAAGGAGCCGCUACCCGACGAGCUACGAUAUCACUGUCUAUCUUAUCUGCUCUCUGCGACGUUUAAGGACUGCUCCCUUAUGCUCCGCCUGCCUUUAUCCUCUUUCCAAGACGAUCAAGCGAAAGUCCAAGGCUCGAUCAAGGUUAUCGAUCUAGAUGUAAAGAGUAUUUCGCGCCUGGAUAAAUGGCGUAGGCUUGACAGAGCCAUCGUGAUGACCUACAUCAAGGUAGCAGAGCCCCGCCGCUGCAUAGAUCAACGAGGGUCGACCCCGAAGCCUCGAUAUCCGAAGUAG